UCUCAUAUCCUCAUAUCCAGUGCUACACGGGAGUUAGCCACAAAUUCAACAUGGUUCUACAGCAAUGCUUGGCAUGCAACGCAAUGAUGACUGAAUCUUGCCGGACAUGCGUAUGUGGUCACGUGCUCGAAGACGUCAAAGCAAUCGCGGGAAAAAGAUUCUCGGAAUACCGCGUUGAGCUGUAUUCACGCCUGGAAAACAAGAGAAUAAAGCAGUUGGUAAGAACAAACAGAAAAGCGAGCGGAAAGGAAACUACCCGACAGCCUCUGAAAGAACGCAAGAGCAACCCAAAAGAAUUCUUAGCUGUUACUUCAGCACUUAAACCCAAGACCUGUCCACUUGGCUCAAAAACAUAUCACCGAAGACCAAAAGGCAAACGUCUUUCGCGCCCUGUCAACACGCCAUCCAGCGAAACAACCUCUGUGCCACCUGAACUAGUGUCCAGGUUUCCGAGUGCUCUGCAAGAAAUUAACAGAAGAUUGACAGGACAGAACUUGAUAUGGUGGACAAUGCAGUUAUCAUAAAAGCUACGCCAACGGUGAAAGAACCAAAGAGGGCAUCAAGAGGAGAACUCAAACCCAUGAUGUAACUCACGUGUCGCUUUUGGAUUUUAUCCCAUGAUGCAGCAUAAACCUGGUAGCCGUAAUUGACUGAUUUUUCGGUCUACGGCUGGUUUGAGAAAAAAAUUAAAAAAAAAAACAAAGCGGUAACUCGCUUUCGUACGAGGCAACCCUAGAAAGCUUAGGGUUGUUUAACCAAACAGAAAAAAAACAACUACAUCCCAGUCCUGAAAUGUGUCACGCGGACUGCGUAGGUGCUUUCACUGAAAAGAUGAGCCGAAAAAUACUCGUGCAAACCUUGAUAUGAGUAACUUUUCUAUCUAAGUGAGGAGACAACGGAAUUGAUAAAAUGCGGAGGAUUUAUUGAUGGGCUUUAAGGCUGAUGGACGAUUUAACGGAUAGACCACAAUUUCAAGCAAGGAAAGAAAUUGUCAGGCGUGGAAGCUGUUUUCAAUCCCAUAUACAAUUAGGGAGUCAUUGCUAUUUUGAGCAAAGCAAAAUAGGCGUCAUAGGACUCCUGCUUGAUCAUGUCAUGACAAACAUUUGUUGCCAAAAACAAAGGUUACAUCAUGAAUGUCUCGAAAAUGAAACUUAUGCUGGUUGAAAUAAAAAAAAAUUGACAAUGCUU